AUGUCGCGCUACAAUGCUGUUGAAGUUCACAGCGAUGCAUUCAAAGACGACAUCCCACCGCCAGAAAUCGUUACACAUUUGAUCGAUUUAUUUUUUCAGUACAUUAACUCUGUUUUUCCACUUGUAAAUCGUAUGCGUAUGAAGCAAUUGAUAAAAGAGGGAAACGUCUCAAAACCUCUUCUUUGGGUAGUGAUGGCGAUAGCAGCAAGAUUUUCAGAUCAUCCCGACAUUAAAACCGAUCCUCCUCAUCUAGCAGGUGAAAGAUUUGCCGCGAAAGCAGCUGCGUUAAUCGAUGCUACUCUAUUAGAGCCAACAAUACCUAAUUUACAGUUCUGGGGUAUUAUGUCAUGCUUGGAGUAUGGUCGAGCUUCGGGUUCAAAAGCUUAUGUAUAUAGUGGUAUAGCGGUGAGAAUGUGUAAAGAAUUGGGUUUAAACAAGGAGUCUACCUUGAAAGCACCUAUUUUAUCAGCAGAUGGAACUGUUGAUUACGCUGCAAUGGCAUUAAGAAGACGUAUUUUUUGGAGUUGUCUUUGUCUUGAUAAGUUUGCAAGUACAGCUACCAACCGUCCUCAGGGUUUUCAAAUUAAUGACUAUGAUGUUUUAGCGCCAUCGUUAUCAGAAAGCCGUGUAUUACUGGAUCCACUUCAAGGCUACACUGUGAACCAUCUUGCCAUCGAAAAUGAUCCUUUGAUGGGCUGUAUUCCUGCUUUUCUUAAUGUAAUUGAGAUUUUUGGUGAAAUUGUCAAAUAUAUGAGUAGAGCAAAGACUGAUUCAUCUACCGUCAUUUGGCCGCCAAUACCCGAAUUUGGUCAAUUGGAUACCAUGAUGCGCCACUGGCGCGAAAGUUUACCCGAAAAAUAUCAAUUUGACAUCAAACACUUGAAUCUUUAUCGUGAUAGCGCCAGUCAAAAUUAUCUGAAUUUCUGGUUGUGUUCACAUGCAAUCUAUUGUGCGGGUAUGCUAGCUUUACAUAGAGGAAGUUUAGCUUAUAGUGAAAUAACGACAGCUGAGCUACCUGCAACUAUUUAUAAAUAUAUCCAAACAAGUUUACAAGCGUGCAAAAUGGCAGUAGAAAUAGCAACAGACGUUUUCAAGGCUAUUCGUGAUAUUUGUGGUGCUAACUUUUUACCGUAUCUCGGAUACAGCGCUUAUAUAUUUUCAACGGUCUUGAUGACGUCUUUUUUCUCAUCUGAUCAGCAAUCAUACGCAAAAAGUAACGCUGGCUUGGCUGUGCUUGAUGAUCUGUUAGAAUCACUACGUCCCUUUUGGCCAAUUUGUGAAAGGCUAUCAACCACUGCGCGUAAUAUGUUAGCAGCGCAUAGUAGAUUGUAUGAUGUGGAAUAUCGAAAAUAUGGCGAAAAUAAUCCUAUCAGCAAUACAAGAAAUUAUAUACACACGAACAAUAGUAAUCAAGCGCCAUUUCCACUUUCACAACAGCAGCAGCAGCCGUUCCAAGGCCAACCAGUACAACAGUUGAGCAGCCCUUUAAAUACCAACGUUUCUUCUAUUAAUGCAUCCUCCAUUACAUCUUCAUCUUAUUCAUCUUUCAUACCAACAAGUACAGCUCACGUUCAACAAACACCUCCUGUCUCUAUGUCAAACCCUCAUCAGCAGCAAAACUCAUACAGCAGUGAUUCACUUUUUCACCAACUGGGUUACCUCACAAAUAUCGAUUUUAACAGUAGUGAGUUCUUAUACGACUCCAACUUAUUCGGGCAAAUUAUAUUUGAUACAGCACCCAAUACUAAAUUUGAUAAUCUGAAUUAUCCACCUCCUCCUUCAGUCCCAACAUCAUCUGCACAAGGAGCAUCUAUGAUGAAACCGUAUGACUCGGCAACCACUGCAACAACUAAUACUACUUCCCUAACGGAUGUGCCCAGCAUGAGUUUAUAUUAUCAACAACCUCCACCACAAUGAAAGAUGCCAUGGCAAUUUUCUAAUAGUAGUUGUACUCUAUAACAAAAUUGCUUUAUUCUUCUAACAAUUCUGGAUGCUCUUGCCAAAAACCUUCUCCGAUAAUAUCGACAUAAAUAGCUGUAGGUAUUAAUUUAAUUCGUUUCACUUCUUCACCUGUGUUUGGUGAUAUAGAAGUAA